UCCUCUGAAGAAUAUACUCCAAACGGAGUGAGAGAGAGACUCGGCGAUGCCAAAUCAAUUCUCAAACCGGAACUUCGAUUUGGGAAAGUGAAUUGAAUGUUUGGCUGUGCAAAAAUUCUUCGAAGAUGAUUCAAGAACAUAAGCAGCUCAAAGUUACAGAGAAGUCCAAUUCCGCGAUGGACAUGGUUACGGAUGUUGCGGCUCCUCCUCCACCUCCUCUUCCUCCGCCGCCGCCCUCGCCCUCUCAUCAACGGCGGCCUAGGGUGAGGGAAGUGAGUUCUAGAUUUAUGUCUCCUGUGGUAUCUUCUGUACAGAGGCGGCCACGGCAGCAGCAAUCCGAAGUAGAUCCCUUGAGUACUGCUGAUGUGAACCGACCUAUAGAAAAUUCGGAAACUCCAUUUCCUUUUGGAUCUCAGUGUAAAUCAAAUGUAGUAAAUACGACUGCCACUAUACAGAGAAAACAACGAGCUGUGAAACUCUUUAAGGAGAAUGGUGGAGGAGGAAGAGUUGAACAGCAACCUCCUCACCCUUCAAAGUCCUGUUCUGGGAGGAUCGGAAAUGGUUUUACCUCACCCUCCUUGAGACCGGACACUCCAACAGUAACUGUAUCCUCAAGAUACAGACUCACUUCGCAUCAGCGUUCUGCUAGUAUGAAUGCCACAGCUGCUUCAAAACUAUUGCAAGCAAGUGGGAUGUCAUCGGGAAGUCAAUCUUCCACUGCAAAUUCAUUUAAGGGCAACAUUGGUUCGCCCCAAAGGGAAACCAAUUCAGUGUCUGGGGAUACUUCUUCGGUAUGCUCUGAUGACGAAAAUCAUAGCAACUCGGAGGUCAACUGCAGCAUACAGUCACUUCCAGAAUUUCGGUCGUCUGUGCUGGAGGGAGAAAUGUUGCCUGCUGUGUCUACUAGAUCAGUGGAUGAGAAAACUGGCAAUAAGGGUGCUGUAAGAAGUAGUGGGGACAGUUUGAAAUUCCCCACAACACCUUUCUCACGUUCUCUUAACCCGUCAUUAUCAGGCAGUGAGCAUUACUAA